AUGGCCCUCACUGGACAGGAGUUCUUCUGUUCUUCGGGGAGCGCGUUACGUGUAGCCGCAAUGAAUGGUCACUUUGAAACAACGAAAUUGCUUGUACAACCACGCUAUAAUGCAGUAUUGCCCCUUUCCCACGAAGAAAUCCAAAUUGUCCUUCGUGUUGCGGCGAGGACGGGAUCUGUGAGAAUUGUUUUGUUUCUCAUGGACAUGUGCUACGGGUCACAGGCUGAAAGGAAAUAUGCAGAAGAAGAAUACCUAAUGUUGGAACGUGGUGUAGAUGUCAACUGUAUUGCGGGACCGAAUCACACUAUGCCAUAUUGGUCGUCCAUUCACUGUGCCGCUUAUAAAGGCUAUGCGAAAAUUGUCCUCUUACUGUUGUCAAAUGGCGCCGAACUAAAUCGUGUGAUCGGCCGGAGAUCAAGAACCAACCUUAGUAUUGGAUUUGAUGCGAUGAGCUUUGCAGUCGCACGAGGUCACAACGAAGUGAUUCGUGCUCUCAUCGACUAUGGCGGGAUUGUGUUGAAAGAAAGAAUCCGCCCAGAUCCUUCAUCAGAUACGACUCUAUUAAAUAUAGCCGCACGAUGGAGGCAACGAUGCGUUUGGGGCGAUGUUACCGAAAUAGACUACCAAGCUUUGCAUGAAUAUGCCAUCAAACGUGGAGAUAUCUUGAUGACACGUCGUCUUCAUCGAAGCUGGCGUUUCUCCUUCCACCAACCAGUGCUUAUAGCAAAACUUCAUGGAUGGCAGCACAUUGUAGAUCUCUUGAUCAGUGCAGGGGCUGAUGAUAUCAAUCCUUUUGAUACAGAUAAGUACCCUAUCGACUCACGAAUUUUCCUGGACGGCCAUUUUCCUCUCAAGCAAAACAAGACACCGCGGCAACUAUGGCACAUACAGGGCAAAUAUUGA